AUGCACUUCGGAAAGAGCUACGCGCAACUACUACAAACUCUUCCGCUCGACCUAAGGGAGAAUGCAAUCGAAUAUCGCCAGCUCAAGAAGCUGAUCAGGCAGAUUGUCGACGAACUCGCCAGCCAUGGUCUCAGCCCGGAGGUCCUCCAUCAACUUCUUCAGUCCUCGACCGAGCCUACAGACACAUCCAAGGGAUGCGACGCAGCCAAUAUCGGGAAGGGGAAAGGCAAAGAAAAGGCUACGGAUGCGGACACGCCAACAGUGAAGGAGCUCUCUCAGUUUAUGCAAGAUGCUAGUUCGAGGAGCUCCGUCAGGGUUCUGUACGAGGUCAACACAGAUCACGACAGGAUUGAGCCCAGGCUCCGCAUUGUCUCCAUUGACGAACCAUUGAAGAUCUCAACGUCCAGCAUGCUUGAGGCGGAGUCCCAGCAGCUUUGUUCGGUGGGAUCCCCGGCGUCGAAUGAAGAGGAAGCCGAGCGUAUUCCAAGUACUUCUCUUGUAUCGCCAGAAAUAAUCAUCCCUCUCGCCUCCGACUCGGCAUUCUUCUCCAUGCUCGCUGCCGCUUUACAACAGCUUUCGGCCCACCUAGUUACCCUUCGGGCACAGUUCGAGCAAACCCUACACGAGCUUUCGCGCACCAUCUCUGCUGCGGCACGACCCAUGUCUGAGGCCGGGCGGACUUCCUUCGUUCCUCAUUCUGUCCUCUCCGAUCCGACAGAGUCGAUGUCAUUCACUGCUGCUCCCGCCUACGCAUUUUUCCACCAUAGUCACGAGGGAAAGUCGGAUUUGUAUGCGUGGAGGGAGAUUUUCCAGCUCUACCUGGACGCUGAGAUCUUCGAGUCUACAUCCGAAAGAAGUAGAGGCGAGAGAAGCAUGGAAGAUGCGAGCGAACGAUGGCAGGCGUUCGUGGAUAGACUGAAGGAGAGACAUCUGUUGGACGAGGCAUGGCUGGAGGAAAACGGACACCUGAAGCACGGGACUGGGAGACUGCAGCUGAAGGAGAGUCGCAAGGCAAUGUUCCAACACGCCAAUGUGGAGGCGCUGCGCAAGAUCUUGAAGAAACAUAGGAAGAGGACGGCACUACCUCUUCCCGAAGUGCCAUUGACAGGACUAUGCCCGCCCCGUACCCUACCACCCGGAAUGCAUAAGGACUCACUCCCUGACAUCGACGAACCACCAUCCCUUCCAAGCAGUUCAGUCACCGACAGCCAGUCCAGCUCAUGGGGUACACUGGUGCUUAGCUCGACCCCGACCACGUUGGCGCCUUACUCCCCCUCGGGCAUCGAUUUCUCCUCGUCCUCUCAAUCGCCAUCCUACACCAUCAUCAGCUCAUUCCCAGUACACUCCGCCUCUCUUCCACGGACGCUGGUGCAAGCCAUCGGACAGGAGCUGGUACCCAUGAUCCCACAAAUCGACGACUACACGUGCCUCAUAUGCACUAGCAUCGCUUUCAAGCCGAUCAGGCUCAAGUGCGGACACCUGUUCUGCGUUCGAUGUCUCGUCAAGAUGCAGAAAAGGGGAAAGGGGAAUUGUCCAAUGUGCCGUGCGCCAACUGUUCUCGACGCUGAUCGAUCAAAUGUGGAUUGGGCACUUCUCAACUUCAUGAAAGAUUGGUUCCCCAUCGAGGCGAAGGAGAAGCUGAAGCAGAACGAACGAGAGGCCGCACAAGAGGAGCUACAGGAGUUAGGGUUUAGCCAGGACGCGCCAGGAUGCUUGUUGAUAACGUUGAACUUCGACCUGCACGUCCCUUUCAAGAUGCAAUCUGAUCCGCUGUCCGACACUGCUGCCCUUCGGUAUCAAUAUGAAUCCGACGAAGAGGAAGAUGAGCCAUUUCCGCUCGGUAAUCCCGCUACACCAGAACAAACUGCCGGUGUCAGCUUCAUAGGCUCUGUUGACCCGACUGAGCAUCUGAUCGUCGCGUUUGGAGAAGCGGGGAGGACUUGGGCAUCUGGGGCCGACCUAGGCGAGCAAACUGGUGCGAUCACUGUGAACAAUAUACAGGCUAGCUUCGUAUUCGUACCGCGAUGGGGGGAGAGGCGGGUGACUGUCAUAAUAUCGGAGCCAUCUGGAUCUCUGCCUUUAUGGGCCAUGGCGGACUACGCGAGGCGCAUAUUGACAAUAGUACAACCUAAGAGGUUGUCACUACUCGACAUAUAUCCCGUGCAUGUGUAUGCAGCCUCUGAACCCAUCACUAUUCACGGAGCACCUAUUCGUUACCUCGCCCUGAACAGCCCUUUCGAGCCAUUGUCAGGUUUUGACGCCUAUGAGCCGCCGAAUCUCUCGGAGGUAGCAUCCCCAGCACCCUUCUGCUUUUGCCAGCUACGCAUGCAGCCAGUAUCCCAUCUGAGACUGUGA